GAGACGAACAGCUGCUGCGCUAGAGCAAGCACCUCUAGUGAAUCCGGCAUUGCCACGGUAACCGUGCUCGUCUCAGCUGGACUGUUUUUCUUUUCCUCACCCGAAAAAAAAUCUUCAGCGAUUAUCGACAUAGAAAAUCGAUGUUUGCCGUGUGCAUAGAGUCGGCACGCAAAACACAAAGCGUGUCUUCUGAAACCUGUCUAUGAAAACAAUAGCCUAAGACAUGGUGAAACUGGGCAGCACUCUUGUGGAGAAGGUGGAGAGGGUGCCAUCACUGGAGGAUGGCUUUGAUAACAUCCCCCUCAUCACACCACUGGAGGUGAACCAGCUACAGAAGCCCUUUCCGGAAAAGGUGAUUGUGAAAACGACCACAGAGUAUCAGCUGCAGCAGAAGAAGAAGAAGAAGCCCUAUGUGUCCAGCAUUAAGAAGCUGAACAUAAACCUCUACAAUGAGGUGUCGGAGAAGGUCAAGCUCACAGGACUCAUUCUCAUCACCUUGGCCUUCUUGGCGUGUCUGCUGCUCCUGGUUAUGUACAAAGCCCUUUGGUAUGACCAGCUUAGCUGUCCUGAGGGCUUUGUCCUCAAGCACAAGCACUGCAAUCCUGCAGCUCUGGAGAUGUACUACCCAGAGCAGGAGGCAGCCUCACGAGGCAGCCUGUACACGGCCAUCAGCCACCUCAACCAAGCCAAGAAAGCCCUGCCUGAGCUCUCCUCUCCCUGGCUGCCUGUACUCAACGCCCUGAAAAAGAGCGAAGAGGCCAAGGGGGAGGGAAACAGCUCCCAGCAGUGAGAGUUGCAGAUGGAGGUGUUAAUGGAGUAGUUCAAUGGAAAAAAAAAACCAGUUUGCAGUUUUCCCCUUUACCCAAAGUGUACUCGAUUAGUCAAAGCGCAUGCUUUAUGUCCAGCCUUUUCUUUUUUAGUUCAGCACUACGAGCCUAAUGUAAUGAAAGUAAGAGGUAAUGGAAGUCUUCAUGGGAAUCUUUCCCACUGCAUAUGCCCAAAUCACCACCCACUUGUGCAGGUCUUAAGUAACGUUACUGAGACCCUGCCUGUGUGGUUGAGGGCACAACUGACCUCAAAAAUUAUCAAAACUUCAUUGCAGAGCAAAAAGCUGUAAAAUUAUGGAGGCAGCCAUCUUGGAUAAGUGGAGUAAAGCUUUAACAUAAUUUAGCAUCCACACUGCUGCCUCCUAAAGUUUGAAGGCAGAAUUGCACCAGAAAGUUAAAGGUUGACACUUUAGUUGCACAUUUAGCAUAAAUAUGUAAAUAUGGGUUAUCGCUGCUACUUUUCAUAAUUGUUUAUUUUAAAAAUGAAUAUUAUAUGUUUAUGAAUAUUAUAUGAAGCUUUUGAUGUGUAUUUAAUGAAAAGAUUCCAUUACUUUUCAGCUGCAUUAGCCUUGUAGCUCCAGUUUCAGACUAAAAGAAGCAAAUGUUGGACACCAAGCAUGGUGUGACUGAUAACACAAUUUGGAGCAAGGAGAAAUCUGUGUAAACUACUUCCUUUGGAACCAUUUCCUUUAAUGUAUGUGAGAGGGAGAAGGCAAGAGUAAAAGUGGGAUUACUACAGUGCAGGAGGUAACAAAAGGGUAAUGAAACAUGCUGCUUGGAUUAUAUGUGUGUAUGUUCGCCCGAGAGACAUAAAUGUAGUGUUUUGCCAUUGUAAAUAAUUACAAGACUCUGUGUGUGUGUGUGCGUGCGUGCCUGCGUGCAUGCAUGUUGCCUCCAUAUGUGUUGUAGGUGUCCAGACGAGAAAAGAAGUUUGUCUCUGAGCAGUGCAGGGAAGCUAAAUCAUUCUAAAUCAGUAGUUUGCUGGAGGAGCCUACCUUAUUCCUACCUGCAGUACAAAUGCUGUCAGCUCUUCAUAAGCCUUCUCAAUGUAUUAAAUCCAAUGGGAAUUUUCCACACUUGUUCAUAAGUCAGCGCUAGACUCAUAAAGCUGCCUUGUGACUCGCAGUGGUGCUGUGGAGUCUUUUCUUCUUGUCAGUGGUUGCACUUCUUCUCAUUCUGCACCAUCAUUUAAGAGUUCUCUAAUGUGAAUAUAACUUAGCUUAGUGAAGCACACCCUGCAUGGCCUGUAAAAUGUGCCCUCCAGAACCGCACUGCAACAAGAGCAAAGGGACACACGUAGGACAAAACUAUUCUCAAACUAAAAUUAGAUAUCAGUAACAAAACAUGCAACAUUGUCUAUUUCACUAAGAUAGAUGAUCUGUUCAUGCAAGAUCUACUAAGACACAUUUUGCACUGUUUUAUGCUUACACUGUAUACACAUACUGAAAUUUCAGCGACAUUAAUGUAUAACCUUUUGCUGUUCCCAUGACCAUAUAAAUAAUUUUUUUUAAAUGUAAAAACUGCUGAAUGUAAUGUGAGAUACAUGUGGAUUUUGAUAUGUAUUUAGGUCUCAUAUACCAUGAUGUUUUUGUUUGGUUAUUUGUUUUAUAUGUUUGCGUUUUGAAGAACAUUUGCAUGAAACCACCAGCAACUGUAAAAGUAUGUAAUAAAACCCAUCCUGUUAAACGUACUCAAGAAUGUGAAAUAAAAAAUCCCAGAGUCAGAUGAAUUACCUGUCAAACAUGAUUGAAUGUGUAAAUGAAUGAUUAAAUUUAUACUCACUGACGUUAUGCUAAAUAUAUUCACCAUUCUCCCCUCUCAUGCUAUGACCAUUUGAAUAUGAUAAGUCAUAUAUCUUUCUUUAAAAAAAAUUGUCAUUUAUAUUAUGUACUUUCUUUUUAUGUAUAGAAUGUAUGCUUUUGUUAAUUAUUGGAAUUUAUUUCUAAUAUAAAUUAACUUGGAAAUUCAUUUUUCUUAUUUAUUUUUAUAUAUUUUGGUGAAGAAUGUAUAUUUUUAACAGAAAACAAAGGUCAGCGUGACAUUCUUUCAAAAAUCAGCUACUUGAUGUAACUCAUUCUACAUGUGUUUGUGGCAAACUACUGUUAUCCACCUGCCUCAUCUUACAGAAAUAAAUAUUUCAGUAUUCA